AUGAUGGGGCAAUACAAUCAAACAAGUGCCAAAGAAUUUGUGUUCCUGGGAUUCUCUAAAGAGAGAAGCACCAACCUAUUUCUCUUUGCAGUAUUCUUCUCCAUGUACCUUGUCACCCUGGCGGGCAACUUGCUCAUCAUCAUAGUAAUUCGUAUUGAUCCACGGCUCAGCACACCUAUGUAUUUCUUCUUGAGUAAUCUCUCUUUCCUGGACAUUUGUUAUACCACUAGUGUGGUUCCUCAGUUGCUAGCUCACUCCCUUACCAGUUACAAAACUAUCUCUUUUAAUUGUUGUAUGGCUCAGCUCUACAUCUCAUUGUCCCUGGGAGGCAUUGAGUUUAUUCUGUUAGCAGCUAUGGCUUAUGACAGAUAUGUUGCAGUCUGUCAUCCUUUGCAUUAUAUGACUAUAAUGAACAAGAGAGUGUGCAUCCAAAUAGCCACAAUGUGCUGGAUUGGUGGUUUCCUCAAUGCUUUGAUGCAGACUGCAUUCACCAUGCGCCUUCAUUUCUGCAGUUUUAGUACCAUCAACCAUUUUGCCUGUGAACUUCUUGCUGUUAUCAAGGUAGCCUGUUCAGAUACUUUUCUCAAUGAGAUUGUAAUUGUUGUGGCAGGAGUCUUUGUACUGCUUAUCCCAUGUGUUGUGGUGAUGCUAUCCUAUGUGUAUAUCAUCAAUACCAUUCUGCACAUCCACUCCUCAGAAGGCCGGCACCGAGCCUUCUCCACCUGCACUUCUCACAUGACUGUGGUCACUCUCUGCUAUGGCACAGCAAUCUUUGCUUACAUGAGCCCCAAAUCCAACACUUCACCCAAUCAGGACAAGAUGGUUUCUAUUUUUUAUGCAGUAGUGACUCCCAUGCUCAACCCUAUUAUAUACAGCCUAAGAAACAAGGAAGUAAAAGGUGCUCUGACCAAAGCGUUGGGGAAAGGUGUCCUUUGA